ACGCGACGUAUUGGAACGUAUUGGAGUGAGUAGGAGUAUGUUGGGGAAUGCGAUGCGAACAAACCUAUAAUAACCUUAACAUCAAAUACAUUUGAUAAGUGAUGUCUAGACUUUGGCAGUAUGGUGUACCAUUUAUGAUUUUUAUACUUGGUGGAUCAUUUGGCCUUCGAGAAUUUACGGAAUUACGAUAUAGAUAUAAAAGAACAACUGAAGUUCCUUCAAUACGGGACGAAUUGGAGAAGGAAGGAAUCCAGACAAGGCCAUUAGAAGAAAUCACCUUAGAAAAAGAAUAUGAGAAAUUACAAAAAGUAGACCUAGACAAUUGGCAGAACAUCCGAAUAUCAAGACCAUGGGAAGAAUCAGAAAGUACAAAGGUUUAAUUAUCAAUUUUUAUUGUAUUUUAUCAUUAACAUAAUAAGCAAUAUACGAUUAACAUAAUAAAUAAUAUAUAAUUUUUAUCAGUCUUCAGAAAAGAUGAUCAUCUUU